CUUAAGCUGAAGGUAUAUAAGCACUGAGUAACACAUCUGCUUUCAGUACUACUUCUUCUUGCUUAUACCUGGACAUUGGAGAAGAGCGAUAAACAAUGCGCGAAUGUAUCUCCAUUCAUGUUGGCCAAGCUGGGGCUCAGAUUGGCAAUGCUUGUUGGGAGUUGUACUGUCUGGAACAUGGGAUCCAGCCAGAUGGACAGAUGCCCUCAGACAAGAUUAUUGGAGGAGGAGAUGACUCCUUCAACACCUUCUUUAGCGAAACAGGGGCAGGAAAGCAUGUUCCUAGAGCAAUAUUUGUCGACCUGGAACCUACUGUCAUUGAUGAGGUGCGUACAGGAACCUACCGGCAGCUGUUCCACCCUGAGCAGCUGAUUACAGGAAAGGAGGACGCUGCCAACAACUACGCCCGUGGACACUACACCAUUGGCAAGGAGAUCAUUGACCUGGUUCUGGACAGAACUCGUAAACUGGCUGAUCAGUGCACUGGCCUACAGGGAUUUCUAAUCUUCCACAGCUUUGGUGGAGGCACCGGCUCAGGUUUCACCUCCCUGCUGAUGGAGAGACUCUCUGUUGAUUAUGGUAAAAAGUCUAAGCUUGAGUUUGCCAUCUACCCAGCCCCCCAGGUUUCCACUGCAGUUGUGGAGCCUUACAACUCCAUCCUGACCACCCACACCACCCUGGAGCACUCUGACUGUGCCUUCAUGGUGGACAACGAGGCCAUCUAUGACAUCUGCCGUAGAAACCUUGAUAUCGAGAGGCCGACCUACACCAACCUGAACAGGCUCAUUGGCCAGAUUGUGUCUUCAAUUACAGCCUCACUUCGCUUUGAUGGAGCCCUGAAUGUCGACCUGACGGAGUUCCAGACCAACUUGGUGCCCUACCCCCGUAUCCACUUCCCUCUGGCCACUUAUGCCCCAGUCAUCUCUGCUGAGAAAGCCUACCAUGAGCAGCUGUCAGUUGCUGACAUCACCAACACCUGCUUUGAGCCAGCCAAUCAGAUGGUGAAGUGUGACCCACGUCAUGGUAAAUACAUGGCCUGCUGUCUGCUGUAUCGUGGUGAUGUGGUGCCCAAAGAUGUAAAUUCUGCCAUAGCAGCGAUUAAAACUAAACGCACCAUCCAGUUUGUGGACUGGUGUCCCACAGGCUUCAAGGUGGGCAUCAACUAUCAGCCUCCAACUGUGGUUCCUGGUGGAGACCUGGCCAAGGUGCAGAGGGCUGUGUGCAUGCUGAGCAACACCACAGCAAUUGCUGAGGCCUGGGCCCGUCUGGACCACAAGUUUGACCUCAUGUAUGCCAAGAGGGCAUUUGUCCACUGGUAUGUUGGGGAGGGCAUGGAAGAGGGAGAGUUCUCAGAGGCCAGAGAAGAUAUGGCUGCCCUGGAGAAGGAUUAUGAAGAGGUGGGUGCUGACAACAUGGGAGAGGAGGACGAAGGAGAAGAAUACUGACUUUACUGAGGCAUUCACUUAAGCCAAAGUAGACUGAUAUUUACCCCUAUUUUAAAAUGGGGCAUUUAGUUUUUAUAGUAAAGACAUACGUAUCAAACGAAUGAUUAAAUCAACAAAACUACAAUUUGGCUCAGAAAAUAACACAUUUUAAUAUCCUGUGUCUGUGAUGCACAUUCAUACAACAGACCUAAUCCAAAAUCUUACCUGAUCACUUUAACAUUAGAGAGUUAAGUCCAAAACCAUGAGGGUUAAAUUUAGCAGAAUCAUUAGUUAUGGUGCAGUGUAAAAACAGUGUAUUUAAAGCCAAAAAAAAAGAAACUUGUGGCCAAACAGAUCUUGUUCUGGGCUUUUAAAGAUCCUUUCUUACUGCAGUAUCAGACUGAGAAACUUAGGCCAAACCCUACUCGUUUGUGCACCUCCCCCCACUAUUCUCUCCCAUGUGGAAUGUAAGUUAUGAAAGGGCUCCUAUGUCAGUUUCUAUAUGCCAUUCAGCUGUGACUCUGUGAGAGCAGGAGAGAGAGAAAAUGACUAACUAACUCACUGCUGGGUGUUGUUUGUGUAGCUCAGACAGUGGCCCGCAGGAACAAUAGAAUCCCAGUCAUGUAUGAAUCACACCUCUGUGAUCCUAAGAGGGCUGUUGAAAAGUUGUACCAAAGAAGAAGCAGAAAACUGGCUUUGACAUUUCUUUGUUUUGAAUCUUUAACAUUUCAGUGGUUUGUCGGUUGUUAAUGUCAUGUUCCUCUGUGUAUUCUGAAUUGGCCGAUUUGCAUAGUGCAAUGUCUUUUUUUUUUUUUCAAACGUACAUUAUUUUAAUUAUUCGUACUGCUCACUGUUUUCUUUUCCGAUCAACAAUCA